AAUGCAAUCCAGAAUAUGUGGUUAGAAGUGAACCAGGACUGUGAAGCCAGCUCCCCAGAGCAAUGCUGCACUUCACAAAUGUGCUACUACUAUGACUGCCCGGGGACCGGCAGCGCCGAAGCGGGCACGGCCGCCGCCUGUCAAGGAUGCCCCAACCAGAGGCUCUGCGCAGCCGGCGCCGCGGCGCCGGACGCGGCAGAGACGGCGGAACUGCGGGAGCGGCUGCGCGGCGUAAAGCACACGGUGUUGGUGCUCUCCGGAAAGGGCGGCGUGGGGAAGAGCACCUUCAGCGCCCUUCUGGCUCACGGUCUGGCGGCGGAUGAGACCAAGCAGGUUGCUCUGCUGGACAUAGAUAUCUGUGGGCCAUCGAUCCCUAAGAUGAUGGGUCUAGAAGGAGAGCAGGUUCAUCAGAGUGGAUCUGGAUGGUCUCCAGUAUAUGUUGAAGAAAACUUGGGUGUCAUGUCAGCAGGGUUCUUGCUUAGUAGUCUCGAUGAUGCUGUCAUCUGGAGAGGACCCAAAAAAAAUGGGCUGAUUAAACAAUUUCUUCGUGACGUGGACUGGGGAGAACUCGACUACUUGAUUGUGGACACUCCUCCUGGAACAUCAGAUGAACAUUUAUCCAUCGUGCAGUACCUCAGUGCAGCGCACAUAGAUGGUGCUGUUAUAAUCACUACCCCUCAGGAAGUCUCGCUUCAGGAUGUGCGGAAAGAGAUCAACUUCUGCCACAAAGUGAAACUACCAAUCAUAGGUGUUGUGGAAAACAUGAGCGGCUUCAUAUGUCCAAAGUGUAAGAAUGAAUCUCAGAUCUUUCCCCCAACUACUGGAGGUGCAGAGAAGAUGUGCCAGAACUUCAAUGUUUCCUUCCUGGGUAAAGUGCCUCUAGAUCCUCAGAUAGGAAAAAGUUGUGACAAAGGGCAGUCUUUCUUGUCUGAGGCACCCCAGGCUCCAGCGACGCUGUCUUACAGGAGUAUCAUUCAAAGAAUUCAGGAAUACUGCGAUCAGCAUCGUUUUCAAGAAGAAAAGAUUAUCUAAUCUAUAAGUGGAGUAAAAUUGUAGCCCUCAUUGAAUUAUAGCAAAGUAACUUAUGCCUCGACUUAAUAAAAGGAAUGUAUUCUUUUUUUUA